AUGGCCGGAUUGAGCCUGAGCGUGAGGCCCGCUCGCCCAACUCUCCAGCGAAGGUAUACGCGAUCGCUGCCAACGCUAAUCAACUCCUUGGGCAGCCUCAACGAACGACUGCUCUUCGCAGUCCCAAAGAAGGGACGACUCCAACAAGCAUGUCUCGAUCUUCUGGCCGGCUCCGACAUCCAAUUCCAUAGGAACAAUCGUCUGGAUAUCGCAUUGGUUAAGAACCUUCCCGUGGCAUUGAUUUUCCUCCCAGCAGCCGAUAUCCCGACGUUCGUUGGCGAAGGACGAGUCGACCUCGGCAUUACCGGACGUGACACGGUAGCUGAGCAUGAAGCCGUGACCCCUGCAACGGAGACCGAAGGCAUUGAGGAGAUCAUGGACUUGGAAUUCGGACGAUGCAAGCUUCAGGUCCAAGUGCCGGAGAAAGGCGACAUUCAAACCCCGGAACAGCUCAUCGGAAGAAACGUCGUCACCAGCUUCACCAAUCUGUCCGAAAGCUAUUUCCGUGGCCUAGAAGCAAAGCAAAGCCCCAAUGCAACCAAUGGCGAUGCUUCGCACAACAAGUUGCAGACCAAGAUCAAGUUUGUCGGCGGUAGCGUUGAAGCAGCGUGUGCGUUGGGUGUCGCAGAUGGAAUUGUUGAUCUUGUUGGUAAGUAGUGACCUCCAGAGCAUGUCUGCUUCCCGACAGCCCGUCCGCUUACGCCUUUUCAGAAUCGGGAGAGACCAUGCGUGCAGCUGGCCUCAAAGCAAUCUCGACCGUUGUGGAGUCAACUGCCGUUCUCAUUCGAUCGAAGCAGCCAUCAGAUCCCAAAUUGGUCAAUCUCAUCACGAACCGAAUCCAAGGCGUCAUCACUGCGCAGAAAUAUGUACUUUGCCAGUAUAACGUCGAGCGCACACAUCUUGCCAAGACUAGCCAGAUAACACCUGGCAAGCGUGCACCUACGAUCAAUAGCCUUGAUGCGGACGGCUGGGUUGCAGUGUCAGCUAUGGUCCCACGAACAGAUAUCGCGCUGGUGAUGGACAAGCUGACGGAUGCUGGAGCUACUGAUAUAUUGGUGAUGAAGCUCGACAACACCAGAGCUACAGCAUAA